AUGCCCUCAGAGCCUUCUUCCAGUAUGGCCACUGGUUCUCGAAAAUCCUCAACUAGGAGCACAAUCCGCCAGUCUCUGAACUUCGCUUCAGUAGGAAAGGCGUUUGCAGAUGUAAUGAAUAAGGAAACGAGGGAAAAGGACAGCAGAGAUUUCGAAAAAUCCGGAAAGAAAGCAAUGAAAGACUCUCAUCGUUCUAGUGUUGGGUUCAAAGGUCUAGCUCCCCGACCAUCUCUCGACACUGACAGGUCUUCUUCACCUCCUACAAAGAGACCUCGGACUCCAGACUCCAAAACCAUAACGGCGCGCAGGAGGAGCUCCGUAGCACACCACCAACAACCGGCAGCUAUUGAGAGUGGUGUAGGCGUUGCCAAAUCUCCCGAUUCCGCAACUCCUCAGACUCAGGGCGCAGCAGUUCAUCGUUCAUCCUCACUAAGGCCACGCCUCGGGGCCUCUUCUGGUCUACCGAAAUACCGGCCCAAGUCCAUCGUUGUGGAUACCAACAAGAAGCCUGACUCGCCGGCAACGACAACGCGAAAACGAUCUUCUAUUUCUGACGAGGACAAGAACGAACCAACGACAGAGCAAAUGAGACCGGAUGGCGAGAAAACCUCUCGGCCCAUUAGCCCACUUCCACAUCGAGCUGCCUUCAAGGUUGCACUAACUAACAUUCCUCCCAGUCCUUCUCUUAAACCCCAGUUGAAACACUCCACCCCUACGUCCAGUACGAGGUCAUCUCCUACCCGGUUGGUUAAGCACAAAAAAGUUCCUAGCGCAGAGCAACGUCCACCAUCCUCCACAUCCUCUUCUAGCACUCCUCACACUCCGAAGGCAUCUCCUGCCCGUAGUGGCCUGCGUCCUGGCAACACUCGUAAGGGCAGCACUACUAUUGAAUCAUCUGACGAUUCGUCCCAUCCCUCGCAUCCAGGAAUUCAUGAUUCUCCGCUUGUUCGCCAUGUACGACAACGGUCACGCACUCAAACACCAACCAAAGAGAAGGUGGCCAAUGUGGCCAACAUGUCUCACAUCUUUGAAGUUGAUAGUGAGGAUGCAGAGGAACAUGAUGUUGAGAUGCUCCUUGCGCCUGUCGCCGCCAUUGGUGCGCCCACUCCAGCAAUGCCCAAAAUACAAACAUCUCGUACUCGCCAAAGACUCGCACCUCAGACACCCAGUAAACCAAACCCAUCCCCCGCUCGGGAGAUAUUGAUGCCACCCGAUGCAGAGAGCUCUCCUGUACGCCUACGAACGACGCCGGCGAGUGACCGUUCGGCGCCCCGAGGUUCUAUCCUCUCUUGGGAGCAGUUUGCGACAGAAGCAUCACGUACCCUAGGCGAGGAGGAGAUCGGCACCAUCUUGUCCGAUAUACCAGCACCGUUUCAACCUGGACCUCUGUCCCCAGUCCCCACUGGUGAAGCAUCCAUGCUCUUACCUGUUCCGGAAAGCCCGUGUUUGAGCGCCAUGAGCUCCCCGAGCGGAUAUGGAGGGUCCAUCUCGCAAGUUCUCCUGCCCACUGUCACACCCUCACCCGCGAUUCCUCGAAGUAGGUUCAAAGAUUCCUCUUCUGACCAUUCAACGAAGCCUGAGGCUGCUGCUCUUGUUCCGCUACUUCGUUUGCAGUUAUCCGCAGCAGAAAACACUGCUAAAGAACGAUUAGUACAAAUGCAGUUGCUCGAGGAGGCAGUCCAUAAUCUAAAACAAGCACGGAGUCGUGACGCGCAAGAGUUGGCACAACAAUUUUCUUUGUUGGAGGAGCAAAUGCAAGGGAAAUUGGAAGCUGAGGAAAAAUCAGCCGUACAGAUUGCUGCACAUGUUCACUCGUUGGAGGAACAGCUGAGGAAGGCCGAAGUAGCUCAACGGAACGCUAUUGAAGAAGUAGUCGACCACACGCAGAAACGCUUACGAUCGGAGUGGAAGUCAACCUUGAAAGCUCAACAGAUGAAAUGGGACACCGCUUUUGUAGCCCAGUCUGCAGGACGGGAAUGGGAUUAUGUUAGGGAGCAGUGUGAAGAUGACUUGGAGGCUUUGCAAAGAGAUAAGGAGCUUGUUUCUUUCUUGCUGGGAGAGAUGGAUUUUGCCCAACGACACCUCAUCCAAGCCAGGAAGAUAUGA